AUGUCCGAGACUGGGACGCCAGUGAAGACUACUCAAGCCCCUGCCUCAGCGGACUCGCCAGUCGUUGAGAAGAUCAUCACAGAGGCAAAGGAGACAAAAGAAGAAGUGAAAGAAGUGAAAGAGGAGAGUGUUCCUCCUCAAGUAACUGAGAUCAAGGCUGAGGAGGUAACUGAAGCUAAGGCAGCUAGUAUAGAGGAGGUAAAGGAGGUAAAGGAGACCAAAGAGGAAGUAAAGGUAGAGGGCGAGAAGCCGAAAGAAGCAACCUUUGAGGUCUGUACCGAUCUGCUCUAUGGAACGGAAGAGAAAAAAAAAUCGCAAAUAGACAACGUUGGUUGA